GUAGCAUGGCUGACUUUGAUUUAGGAGUGUCGUCCAGACGAGAAUGAAUGUGCUGUUUCGGUGCUGUACCAACUAACGUUACUUUAAAAACAACCGACUGUCCGCGUGUGUGAAGUAAAUCUCACAGAUUAUGUUUUUGUGAUCGCGUGGUGAGGAGCCCACGAGUCCCUGCGUUUAUCUCCGCAGCAGCUUCCUGUGACAGCAGACCAGAGCCAACAUGGCAGGAGUUGUGGCCAAGCGUGAGGGACCACAGUUCAUCAGUGAAGUGGCAGUGAGGGGCAACGCCGCCGUGCUGGACUACUGCCGCACCUCUGUAUCCGCUCUGUCGGGAGCAACAGCUGGCAUCCUGGGGCUGACGGGACUAUAUGGCUUCAUUUUUUAUUUCCUCGCCUCAUUUCUCCUCUCUCUGUUGCUCAUUCUCAAGGCCGGGCGGCGGUGGAACAAAUGCUUUAAAUCGCGGCGGCUGCUCUUCACCGGAGGCCUUGUCGGAGGUCUUUUUACUUACGUCCUAUUCUGGACUUUCCUCUACGGAAUGGUGCAUGUGUACUAAAAUGAUCUGCCACAAAAAAAACAUGAAUUAUUUCUUUCUAAUCCCACGUAAACCAAUAAAAAUUGUCUGCCCUGCUGUUUGUAGAUAAGCCAUUAGUGAAAGACUUUUGAUUUUUCGAUCAUGAACAGUUGAUAUAUUGGAGGAUGUGUCAAUAACAACCAUAUGCAGAACAACCUUUCCCCUUUUUGUUCCUGCUCCACACUAACCUGUGACUUUGAACUUGUUUAACCUUUAACUCCUGCUCUGUGCACAGUCAUCUAUACCAGAGUUAUAAUAAUGUAGGCUGUAGAGUAACAGAUUACAUUUCAUGUACGAUACAAUGGUUAGAUUAUAACUAAUGUGAUGACUGAUUUGAAUAAAUACCUCUAUACAA